ACAAAAUUCAACAGAAGAAGAAGAGGCGGCGUACACACGAAGAAGAAAACAGUUCAGCCUCGUGAAGCGGGAAUUGACAGCUCACUACCAUGGACUGGUAAAACACUUGAUUUUGACUCUUAAAUCAGCGUUUUAGAUCCUUUCUUCGCAGUAAUAUCAACAAACCGAUAGCGUGUUAUAUAACUGACAACCUCCGCCACAAUGUGUACCUUUGUUAGCUGAAGCCGACGGUGCUUCCUCUGUGUUUAUUAUCCCUGUAGAUGCUAACCUGUAAGCCCCAGAUACCCGGUUUGUGUACAAAUAAUGUGAAAUAUUCAGUAAUAUUUGAUAAUGGAGGCCUUAUAAUUCAGUUCCUAUAAUCAAACACUGCGAAUGUCACUCAAUGGUCAUCAUGGAGAGCGUUUGGAGGCUUGUGUGAACAUAAAGAAACUGCUAAUAUUAGCCGCUUAAUGUGAAAGGCAGAAAAAUUUGACUCUAAAUGUCCAGAAUUAACUUUUUUAUGGUCAUUGAAGCUCAUAAGAGGUGAAUUCUCCUCGUUUGUAUGACUUAGUGCUUUCAGACAUUUUAAUAAUAAGUCAACUUUGUACCUAUCUCACAGCACAUCCAUCUCCCAAAGCAGACAACAAAAACAGACUCAAUACCUGAUCGCAUACUUGAAUAGAAAAAUUAACUAAAAGCACAGAAAAACAGUGGAGGUGUGCAAGAUGAAUAUACAUGCAAGAUGAUUAAAUGUAUUUAACUUUGCUAAAUAUAUUGCUUUGUGUCUUCUUGUCUCUCAGGGGUCAGAGUGAGCUGCCGUCCCCAGUGGUUCGAGAUGAUGAGGUGACCAUCGCUGCUCGCAGGAGGAGGAAGAAGGUGGCCUGUAUCCUUCAUAAAAGGGAAUUGUAGAGACUGCUUUCCUUCAACAAAGAGGCCGCUUGGGUUUAGGUUCACUUGCAUCUCUAACUCGUUCAAUUAUCAGUCUGGUUUGAGUAUUAGAAAAUGAUUUAUUGUUCAAAAAAGGAAAGAAAGGAUGCUGAUCCAGGUCUUUCUGUUAUUAAAGCUCAGAAAACUUCCAUGCACUGUGGGUGCUUCUUUGGAACAGCAGCAGCAUGUCACACAGAUAUACAGGACCUCGUCUCUGCCUCAAGCGACUUUUUAAAGAUACUAGGAAAGCUGCAGUAGACAUGCUGAAAUGAGGUUAAAACAGGAUGAGUGAAACGGUCAACAGAAAAGUAUAAGAGCUUACCACAACCCAUAUCUGACUACACCAGUGAGAUUUAGAUAACCUGACAAACAUCCCAAAACCAAACCCUUCAGUGACGAAUCCCCAGAAGUGACGCACCUAUUAGAAAUCAUAGUUUAAACAAAUAUAUUUUGGCUCCUACAGGAAUGAUUGCAUCUCUGUGUUAAACUUCCCUUUUUCUAUCUUGAAUUGAUGUGGACAUUUAUGAUGGCAUUACCUUGUUGUGAAAGUAUAUUAAUAUUUAAACAAUUGCUUAGUUGAACUGUUUCUAAUUUGUGUUAUUUGCUUUUUUUCUUUGCUUGCUUUUAUAAAAUCCUACUUACACACCUACAAGACAUGAUUUGUGCAGGUAAAUCUGCAGCACUGUUGAUGAGUAAUGUCAGAGCUGUCACUUUGGUUGUUUUCCUGACCCUCGCUUUCAGUCCCAUCCCCAGGUGGAGGCAGCCCCAUUAUGUCAACCGUGACACCGGCCCGUUCCAUGCUGAGGAACACUCCAGCGUCACUCUACAGACAGGCUGGUAUGACAAACACCACCCGCAUAUUUUGUCUGGGUUCUAGUCAUUAUUGGUCAUCCUCAAGUUCCUAACCGCUCCAUAUUUGGUCGAAAUACUGCUUCAGUUUCAUAUAUCUCUGUCUGUCUCUCUCAGUGACUCCCCGGGUUCUAGAUGUUUCUUCCAUUUUGGCUCCAGGAGGACGAACUCCUCGAUACACACAAAGCGUAAAAGGAGGACUCAGCAGCAUGGUAAAGGACACUCUUCAUGAAUUGAAACUUGGUUUCUUACAUAGACUGUAUAUACUGUAGACAACUUGGUUCCGCGCCCCACCUGUAUAAGGAUUUGAAGCCAAAAAGCUCUCUGUAUUUCUGUGAUUUUUCUUGAUCUCCUGAAACCAGCGUUGCACAGUAGCAUUGUGCGCAUUUGGCGGGAGAGUCGUUGUGGUGACGCUCGGUUCAAACAGCAUAUCCCCCGGAAGAGCUACGCAAUCCCUGAAUGCCAAUAGGCUGUAUCAGGUGUCAGUCAAAGAAAACAAGAACCCCUAAUAACUUUUAAAAGCGGAGCUCCACAGAAAAAAAAGGACUUGAGUACAAACCGGUCGUAACUACAUGUCAACAUCACAAGCAGGGGGAGAAAAAUUUGUGACCUAUACUGCAGCCCGUCAACAGAGGGUGCUGUUCUUGGAGUGGCUUUACCCAGCGAGGAGGCAGACGCUGUCCAUUCUAUAUACAGUCUAUGGUUUCUUAUCUUUUACUUCUCUUACUUUUGCGGAAAUACUCCAUCUGAAAUUGUUCUUUCCCCUCUGUUUAGGGUGAGUUUUAUUCACAAAAAUGAUAUUUAAUUGUGUCAGUAACUUUUUACACAUCUAGGUUGGAAAUGGGAGAUUAAAUAUUUCUUAGUUUUAGGAGCUGUGAAAGGCCCAGAUAUUCUGAAGUUAUUAGAAGUAAACAUAAUAGAUAUGAAUCGUGAUCUUGUUUUUUGUGCAGAACAUGGACGACAGUGAUUGGACGAACACCAUGUACACUUCCCCUGUCUCUGGACCGGAGAACUCCAGCUUCUUCACAGAGGACAUCGCCAACAUGAGCUCAGCCUUACUGAAGGAGGACGACCCAGGAGAGGCUGGUGAGUCCAACAAACUUAACACUUAACACUUCUGCUGCUUAACUAGGUUAACUGUAUUCCUGUUAAAACUGUAUCCUUACAUCUCCUCAGCGGCUGCCAGUUUGUUCCCAGAGUUCCUCGGUUCCUUUCUGAAGCACUCUUCCACUGCUGUGUUUGAGCUGCUGGAGGAUUACCAGAAUCUCUGCCAGGAUAAGGUAGGCCUCAGUUUGCUUGUCAUAAUCACUGCAAACAUUGGUAAAUAACAAGCAUGGCUCUAUCCAUGCUCAAAAGUGAAGCCAUAAGCAUCUCUUAAGUCCAUUUAUUAGCUAACUAUGUGACAUGUUUCUGUCUCAGGUGGACAUGCUGCAGUCUGUGGUCCUCAGGGCGGGUCAGAACAGUAAAACAGCAGGUGUCCGCUGGCUGCUGCAGCAGGAGAACUGCACCUGGAGACUCAUCACCUCUUUAUACAGGUGCCAGUCUCACCUGCCUGACCAUUUCACCGUCUGUUUAUCUACUUUGUGUUUGUACUGACUUGUUGUUUUUCUGCAGGGAUCGAGUCCAGCUGGCAAUGGAAGAUGACAUGUUGACAGACACAGUGGUGGGUGACGAUUAACACUGACAGCUAACAUUCAAACACACACAACCUGAGUCCCAAAGUCCUCCUUAAACCCGGAGGUUCCUAGUCUUUAACUGUCUGUCAUCAUGUCUUUGUAGAUUCCCAAUGAGAGUGAGAAGGUGGUGGUGGAGCAGCUCUUUCAGCGGGAUGCUAUUAUAAGACAGAGUCAGGUCAGAUUCACCGUCUGAGUUAGGUUUUUAUUGUUGUUGUCAUUGCUUGUUGCUCAUUUCCUGAUCACUGUGUCGCAGCUGGUGGUUGAUUGGUUGGAGAGCAUCGCCAAGGAUCAGAUUGGAAAUUUUUCAGACAAUAUCGAAUUCUACGCCAAAAAUGUCUGCUGGUGAGUUUCCUAAUAUCUCUGUUUUUUUUUUAUUUCACUUCUACAGCAAAGACUUUGUGUCAAUGUGUGCCUGUGUGUGUGUGUGUGUGUGUGUGUGACAGGGAGAACACUCUUCAUGCGCUGAAGCUAAGGAGGAAGAGCGGAGCUGGCCUCACUGUACCCCUGGUCACUGAGCUGGUGAGGCUUGUCACCAAGACAAAGGACAGAUCCUCAUUCCUAGUAUUCCAAAGACAUGCGGUACAUGAAGCGUUUGUUUUUGUGUGUUUGCUCAGGACCCAGAUGCUCCUCUUCGCCAGCAGCGCCCCCUGGCUGACCUGGACAGAGAGGACGAUGCUCGUCUUCUCAAGAACCUGUUCAACCUGAUCCGAGCGGGGAUGACUGAUGAGGUAGAGAGACACCGAGGCAAACAAAGAGAGAUUUGAUCUGUAUUUAAAGGGCCAGUCCACCCAAACUUUCUGGGAUUUGAAAUUCUGAGGGUAAGGGUGUUACAGAAUAGAAAUUUGUGUGACUAUUUUCAGGCUCAGAGGCUGUGCAAGCGCUGCGGUCAGGCCUGGAGGGCAGCAACUCUGGAAGGAUGGAAACUCUACCACGAUCCCAACAUGAACUCAGGUAACCUCUGACUCCAGUUUGAUCAGAAUUUUAUUUUUAACAGUCUCUGAAUGUGUAUGACUCUCUGAUAACCAUAUGCAUAUUAAAAAAUGUAAAUUUUUUUCCUGUCUAAUUUUUGAGCCAUUUUUAGUAGCUCUGGCUCAGAAUUUUCAAAAAUGUAUGCUUUUGCGGUAUAAAAAAUCUAACCCUUCUUUCUCUCUUUUCUCCACAGUCAGUAAAGAGCUGCUGCCAGUUGAAGGAAACCCUCAAAGAGGAAUCUGGAAGGCCUGCUGCUGGAGAAUGGCUGAAGAGGUACAAAAUGAGGACACAGAAAAACGAAAACUUCACAACAAGUUUUUCUUAAACCGUCUGCAAAGCUUUUAACCUGCUGUAUGUGUGUGUGUUUGUAUUUUUAGGAGCAGCUGAACAGAUACGAGAGAGCGAUCUAUGCCAGCCUGAGUGGAAACCUCAAACCAGUAUAAAGAAAUUUACUUCUGCACCUUAUUCAGUCUCUGUCUUGUUGAUGUCAUAACUUACGGGCUUGAUUUUCUUCCUCAGACCAGACUUAAAGUCAAAAUUUCUAAAAAGAGUCACUUCUUCUUUAAAAAAAUCAGGUAUUAUACACCAACCGUUUGUGCGUGUUUGUGUGUGUUUGUUUGUGUCAGCUCCUGGCAGUGUGUGAGACGUGGGAGGAUUGUGUUUGGGCGCACUUCAGAGUGAUGGUGGACUCGCUGGUGGAAAAAGAUCUGAUGUCAUCGGGGAUGGCUCACCAGGAGGUGGAGACACUGCCACGAGAAUAUCUGGAGGCCAAGUAAGACAAAUAAUAUUCAGUUUAAGGUUCAUUUUAAGGUGAUCUAUUAUUCACAAAUUUUCUGACUUUUCCUGCUAUCAAAACAUACUUUUUUGACAUAUGAAGUUAAAAUAUAAAGAAUUUUAUCAUUGUUGUUUAUAAAUGAUUGAAUUUAUGAGUCAAGAGGACUCUAAUCUCCCUGCUUAAGCUGCGUUUAUGAGACAAAUGUGACACAUAUGGGACUUUGGUGUGACUCUGAACCUAGAAAAAUAAUUUGAUGUUUGUCUUGUACAGGCAGACUGAAAAAAUGCAAAGUUGGCCCCAAUUUAUUCUGUCUUUUUGUCCUUUUUGGAACAAAAAAUGAACACCAUUAUGUCUUUCUCCUUAGUUGGACCAUGGAUAAAGUGUUUGAAGAGCUUCAAGCUUCAGAAUCAAAGGUGAAAAUCUUACACUGGCUAAUUGUGAUUAGUUAUUAUUGAGGUUAUGUCACUGAACUCUCAGUAAAACCAGAUUCUGUUUGUGUGUCCAUACAGAGGGUGUUGGACGAGACAAAAGAGCACUACCAUGUCAUCCAGAAGUUUGUCAUCUUGGGAGACCUGGACGGUAAGCACAAUCACUCCCUUAUGUCUGACCUUUGACCGCUGAAGAGGAAGUUUAUCUGUCUGUCAAAAUUAUAUAUUAAACCCUAUAUGUAAGCUUAAAAUCUGACCCUACAUAAAACCACUCCUAUGUCUGAAAACUUUCCUCUUUCUCAGGUCUUCAGGAUGAGAUUUCCGACUGGCUUACAGCUUCGAAGCCACUCCCUUCACACCUGCUACGUUUUAUGGCUCAUCUGCUGUUGUUUUUCCGUUCGCUUGGUUUAGCUCUGAAGGUAAGUGGAUUCGUUAGUUGAAUUUAUCAUAAAAAUGUGUGGAAAAUGGGAGGCCUGACGACAGAACCUUGAGGAACUCCUUUUUUUAUCUUGAAGUAGAGUUGACUGAAUCACUCCCUGGAGCAUUUAAGAUUCCACCUAAAAAAAAUAAAUAAACCUUUCUGACACCUGGACUGUAUGUGAUUGAGUUCAUGAUCACUCCGGCUCACCUGUUUCUCUUUCUUUCUUUCCGUCUUGAAGGAGGAGGUGUGCGUGGAUGUACUAAAGGCAUAUGUCUCCCUCCUGAUUCGGGAUCAGCAGAUCGACCUUGUGGCAAACUACGUUAGCCAGCUACCAUCCGAGCUGGCCACCGCCCAGUACGCAGCUUUCCUGGAGACAGUCACCCAGCCAGAGCUCCGCCCACGCUGCCUUGAGCUCGCUACAAAUGCUGGUUAGACAGAAAUCACUGAAACAUUCACAUUCUGGCCAGUGAAACAGUAAACAUCUCUACAUUUCUAAGAGGAGUGUUUGUUUCUGUUUGUAUAGGUCUGGAUGUCGCUGCAAUCACCAAGCUGGUGGUGGAAACGGUGAGGGAGAGAGAUGAGACAGAGUUUGCUCACCAUAACCAGACGCUGGAGACGGCAACCACAAAGGUACUGACUAAAUAAGAAAAAAAUGUGGUCAUUAAACUCGACCACUGCAGAAAUAUACCACAAAAUAAACUUUGAAAACCAAAAAGCUGGGGGGUUAUGCCUUUAAUUUAAAACAAAAGGGAUAAGAAACUGAAAGAGGACUGUUUUCUAGCCUCUUAUAGGCUUGAAUAAAAGAGCUGGGUUUGUAAUUUUUUGAUUUUUAUAUCUGUGACCUCAACAUGAUUCUGUGCUCUGAUAGGAUGACCUAAAGAAGAUUGAUGUCAUCGAUUGGCUGUUGUUCGAGCCCGCCCACAGAGCAGAAGCCCUCAAACAGUCCAACGCUAUCAUGAGGAAGUUCUUGGGUAUUAUUUUUUGUGUAUUUUUUUGGUCUUAAUAAGAAGAAACAGUUUAACUCAAUCAUCCAACACCUCUUAAACUUUGUAGGACUCCCUCUCGAGUCCCUUCUUCUUUAGUGUGAGGACCAUGAUGCCUUUCUUCUACCUCACCACCCUGCUGUUCGUUUGUCUCAGCUUUGCAGAAACACAAUGCAGCCAAGGAAGUGUUCUCCAAAGUUCCUGAGGACUCCAUGAAGGAGAUUUACUGCCAGUGGUCAGGUGUUGAUCAGACUACGCCGCCACCUGCUGAGGAUGAGAACGCCAUAAGAGAGCACCUGUGUAUCAGAGCCUACCUGGUAUUUCAGCUGUUAUUCUAAUGAUUGUUUAUCUUGUCCAAUAAAGUAGCUUUGUGACUGUUCAAUCCCUUAUUUUAAGGGAAGACAUUUCUGCUCUAUCACUUCUUUUAUAAUAUUUGGGUACAACUAUAACUGCAGCAUAACUUCAGUCUGUUUGAGGAUUAGUGAGAUUUAUUGAUCGGUGUCUGUUUGUUUUACAGGAGGCUCAUGAGGCAUUCACUGAGUGGUUCAGCCACAGCAGCUCUGCACCCCAGAAACCUGUUCCCGCCUCUGAAGCCAAAUUCACAGAGAGGGUAGCCAAUGAAAUGAGGGAGAAGGAGUACCAGGUAGGUACAUUUACACACUUAUUGCUCUGUUAUUAUGUGUGAAAGAGAUUCUGAAAAUGUUUUGCUAUAAGUAUGAAAACAUGUGUUUCAGACCUCCCUGUCUGCCUGGUCUUGUCGUCUGGACGCUUUGACAGAGGAUGUCAAGGAGAGAAUCUACAAUGUGCUGCUGUUUGUAGAUGGAGGGUGGAUGGUAGAUAACAGACAGGUGAAUUUUUUGCAGAGUUUUCACUUUGUAUUGUAUUGUAUUGUAUUUGUUUAUUUAGCACAGAUUAAAAACAGUGCAAGGAGGGAACGAAGCCGAUAUACUUCAAGAACUGUUUUGGAGAGGGUUGAAGAACCUAAAAGAACAAAAACGAAUGUCGGUCCUAUUGAUAAUUUUUCAGUGGCAAAAGUCGUUUCUGAAAGCACAGCAACUUCAUUUAUAAAACAGAGUUGCUGUAGCAUUAUGGAGCAAAAUCAAGUUUUGUUUUGCUGAAAAAGAGGCUGCUACAAAGGCAGAGGUGUUACAUAGCUUUAUUUAAUAAAUGAAAAUGAACUAGUGUGAUUUUCCUGUGUCAUAAAAAUCAUUAUUUAUGAUCUCAGUUGGUUUACAAAUGGCUCAUUGGCUUGUGUUUUCAGGACUCUGAGCAGGAUUCUGAGCGCAGCCACCAGAUGGCAGCGUUACGAUCUCUGUGCCUGCCUCGCCUCAGCUUCUUGCUGCUCAGCGUGCUGCAGAACUCCUCCAGACACCAAGAAGCACUACGACUCGCUGACAUUAUCUCAACUGAUCAGCACUGUCUCUACAAGGUAACUGAAACUGAGCAAACAGGAUGUGUGAUCCAACAAUUUUUUUUCAAACAAAACAAGAUGUUGUAAUAGCCUUAAUUUUCUUAAAUUACACACACUUAAUACUCUUACAUAAUAUUUAAUAACCGAUUUUUCCCACAUCAGCUUUUGGUUCUGUUUUGUUUAUUUGUUUCUUUUGCUUCAAAAAUCCAGGUUUUCUCUAAAGAGGAGCUCAGGAGGUUUCUGCAGAAGUUGAGAGAGUCGUCUCUUGCUCUCUUGGACAGAGGACUUGACCCACUGGGCUACGAAUUACAGCCCUAAUCUAGAAAAUAAAUAUACACACACAUUCACACAGUAUAAUAUUGGACUAAUUGAAGUGUUAUUGGUUUGUUAUUGUGUCUUUUUUGCAAAAUAAAAUCCUGUUUUUCUUGAAA